AUGACUACUUAUCCAGUGAUAUUUCGUUGCUCAGAGUGUACAAUUGAACUGCCAAGCUUGGAAUUGUUGGAAAGCCAUAUAUGGAGCAGGCACCUGCACAACUUUCCGUUCAGUUGUGCUGUAUGCAGAUUUCCUGCUAUUGCUCAUAGUUCGUUAGCAGCACACUUUAAACAAGCUCAUUCCCCUGGGCAGCCAGUUGAGUUCCAACGAAAGAUGAUGGACGAGCUGCGAUUACGUGAUAUCAUCGCCAACUCUAUUGUCGUCCCAGUUUAUGAAGAGGACGUUAUAUAUGAACCUGCUCCUCCUCAGGACUCUCGGGAUGAAAGUCAACAACGUGAAAUAGCUAUCCAAUCACUCGACACACAUUCGAGAGAGCCCGAAGCGGUGCACACAGUCGUUCCAGAAAGCGAUGAACAACCCGUAGAGAUUAUCGACGUUGGUGAAAAUGAUGAGAAUAUGCAGAUUACCGUAGUCAGCGAUGCAAACCCCUCUGUAGCUGUGCCUCUUCUUGAACAAGGCAUUUCCAUGGAGAACGAGAUGAUCAACGAACUGGACAUGUUCGUACCAGAGGGUCAACGCUUUCAAAAGGUGGAAAUGUUCCAAAAUGUUGAAAAUGGUCCCGAUAUCGCCGUUGUCGAAGAUACAGGAAUGCUAGAUGGGCAACACAUCUCGAAAUCCAGUAACGACCUGCGUAUGCGACUUGCGAAGCAACGUCAUAUCGACUUUGUUGUCAAUAAAGUCGCUCGCCGAACGAAUAAUGGACGUACUAGAAGGCCGUUGACGAUUUACGAGUGUGAAGAGUGUGGGAAGAUAAUUCGGUAUCCAUCAAAAAUCGAAGAGCAUCGAAGAUCUCACAAUGGUGUCAAACCACAUCAAUGUCAUCACUGUGGUCAGCGAUUUUCUCAGAAAGGCGGAUUGACAUGUCAUUUGCGAUUGCAUACCGGUGAACGUCCAUAUCAUUGCACUUGGGAUUGUGGCAAAUCGUUCCAUUCGAAUUCUGCUUUGAAAAUGCAUGAAAGAACUCAUAAUGGUGAUCGACCAUAUUCUUGUGAAAUUUGCGGGAAACUGUUUUCUAAGCGAUCUCAUUGUCAGCGCCACGAACAAUCGGUCCAUCCACGCGAAACAGCGCGACGAGCGGCUCAUCAAUUUGGGCUCGCGGCUGCAGGAGAUGAUGAAGAUCGGCUUCGCGACGUAGUUAAUGGCGUUAUUGAGGAGGUUAGGAUAGAGCGCUCACUUCGAAGUGAACUGAAGGUCGAAUUGGAUUAA